AUGUCUGUGGGCAGUCAAGAGCCACGGCUGCCGCCGGGUGGACGCUUCACCGUGAUGAUACGGCUGCAUGACUGUGGUCCGAUUGUUGCAGCCAUCGGCUUUGGAUUCAGCCGAAUCGACGCCGUCGGCAACGCAGCUGAGGCUUCUGUGACGAAUAACCAGUCGGUGCUCAAGUACGAGGCGUUAUCAGCUCCAAAUGGUGUGGAUGCUAUGGUCUUCGUGAUGCGCAGUGGUCGCAUCACAGAUGAUGUGAUUGCCAGGUUGAUCUACGCGACCGAGUACCUUUGGGGUACAGAAUGUUUGUUGAACCUCUACAUUGUUGCUGCAGCAUGGAUUGAGCGGCAAUGUGAGCUGAAUUGGCGCUUCCGGCAUAUCUAUUCUCUGGUAUCUUGCCAGCACGCUGUCGUUGAGUGGACCGGGUUUCCAUGUCAGAGUGGGAAACAAUGUGCGCAACUCAGGUGGGGAACAACGAAAACAGGACUGGGAGAAAGACCCGUAAGACACAGACACAUGGCUUUGUUCCUGUGA